CGGAGUGCAUGCAUCGAACGCAUCGCAUAGAGAACGCGACGCGCGACCGAGCAGGCCGGCCCGAUCAACUCGACAUACUCGAUUCCGCCGCGGUUGAUUCCGGUUUUUUUUUUUGUUUUCGUUCGGUUCGUUCGACGGGGCUCUCGACGAGCUCGUCGGGGCUCCAAACGGGGCCCGUUAUGGUGCAGUGAUCGAUGGUGCGUCGCGCUUAACCCAGUGACAAGAGUGACAAGUGACAGGAUUCGGUUUAUUUUCCGCGCAGCGUUCGGUGUUUGAUUUCGAUCGAGAAGAUGUCGGUGAUGCAGCUGCAGCAGGCGAAGCGCCAGCAGUGCUACCUCUGCGACCUGCCCCGCAUGCCGUGGGCGAUGGUGCACGAUUUCACGGAGGCCGUGUGCAGGGGUUGCGUGAACUACGAGGGCGCCGAUCGCGUCGAGGUGGUGCUGGAGACGGCGCGCCAGAUGAAGCGCGCCCACGGCUUCCAGGAGCAGCGCUCCGCCGUGCACAAAUCGCACCGAAGCGGCGCCAGCGCGGCCGCCGCCGCCCCGCACGAGCACCAGAACGGCGACGUGCCCGGCGUGGCCGCCUCGUCGGGCAGGCAACAGCAACAGCAACCAACCGCCCAGCACCACGCGUACGGGUUGCACCAUUCGCGCGGCGUACCGAUGGAGUACCAACAGCAGCGGGUGCGGACGCAGCUCGAGCAGCCGGGCGGCGAGCACGAUUUGGCCGGCAGGGCCGGCGUGCGAUUGCCCCAUUUGACGGGCCACCACCAGCUGGGGGGGCAUCAUCACGCCGCCAACGGACGGUUGGGGGGCGUGAAGCGGGGGAUGUCGGACGAGGCGGACGAGCACCACGCCGGGCACCAUCACAACGGCGAAUCGUCGAUGGGGGCGAAGAGGAUGCUGUCGGUGGAGGAGCACGGGAGCGCGUCGAGGCCGCCGUUGACGCGGGGCGAUUCGUUGCCGGCGGUGUCGUUGGCGCAGCCGUUUGUGGUGGCGGCCGAAAGGGGGUUCAAGCAGGAUAAGCAUCCGGUUAGGACGGCUUCGUUCGAUGCCGGGAGUGGAUUCAAAACCAAUGUGUCCGUUUCGAUGGGAAACGCCAACAGUACGAGCUCGAAUUCGCCGUUAAACAGCCGAACCGGUUCACCGCCCGAAACGAAUAUGACGGGCGUGGGGGCGACGGGGGCAGCGACUGGGGCGCCCCCCCAACCAACCACCGGUUCCGUUCAAAGUCCCAUGGCCGCUUUGAUUUCCGUCGCCGACAAUCUGCCUCCGGGUAGUCCCCGAUCGACGGGCGGCAGUCCGCCCACCAACGUUGCUCCGCGUUCCGCCUCCAGGGGAUCACAACAUUCGCCCAAUUCCACAGCGGGUUCGUCGAGCGGCAGGCGCUCCUCGGGCUCGAGGCACGUCUCAUCGACGACGGUGACGUCGACCGAAACGGGCGCCGUAUCGCAGGGAAACAACGACGCCUUGAACGGCGCCGGCGUCGGCGUCGGCGGCGGCGAUAACGGCGCCGCGGCUGCCGCAGCAGCAGCAGCGGCCGCAGCGACGCCCACGGCCGCCGCGACGGCCACGUUGAAGUGCACCAUUUGCCACGAACGAUUGGAGGACACCCAUUUCGUGCAAUGUCCGUCGGUGGCGCAGCACAAGUUCUGCUUUCCCUGCAGCAGGGAGAGCAUCAAACGGCAGGGCGCCGGUCAGGAGGUGUAUUGCCCGAGCGGCGAAAAAUGCCCAUUGGCCAAUUCGAACAUCCCUUGGGCGUUUAUGCAGGGCGAAAUAGCGACCAUAUUGGGCGACGAUUACAAGGUGAAGAAAGAGAGAGAAUCGUAGAAACGACGGUCGAGAGAGAGAAGGCGUUUGUUCGACCGGUGAUUCAUUAUUCAAAGCUCACUUUGCUCGAAAAAUGGCGGAGCUCUUUCGGAGCUUUUCGAAGCUUUUCGGAGCUUUUCGAAGAAGAAUACGCAAAAUAAUAAAAAAAAAGGUUGUUUGGUGGAGCGACACAAAAGCGAUACUAUAAAACAGGGAUAAAGGAUAAAUCGAUCGGGAACGGUAAAAAUAUUACAAAAAAAAAGUAAAUAAAUAAAUAAAAGGAUUGUACGAGACAACGGUAGAUAUGAUGUAAUAGUCGUGUAUAUAGGAGAAAGGCUGUGUUAAAAAACAAAACCGUUUCGUUUUUUUUUUUUU